AUGACCUGCCUUGAGAGGUUCGUGCAUUAUUGCGAGGAGAGCAAGGCGGACUCCGGCUCCAACAACAACGCGGCGGCGCCCGCGAAAUCUCCGAAGGACAUUCUCGUUGCCGAGUGCCCCGACUGCGAUGGCGUCGCCAACGCGGACAUUUGCCCAACGAAGCUUCGCUUGUACGAUGCCCCUCCGGAGGCGGAACCGACCUCGAGGCUCGACAAGACGUCAGUUGCGGUGUCAGUGCCGCUCGGAUUGAUGUCCGCUCUCGUCGCUAUGGGUGCGCUCGUCCGCGUCUCCCGCAGCCGCGCGUCCAACCAGCCAGUGCCCGUGGAGGACGAGCAAGACUUGCUGCGCAAAUGA